CACAGCUCCCGGGGCAGAAAAAUAAUCCUGCUGCUGCUCAGACCGUGAACGUCUGUGCUCCCACGAAAACGGUGUGAGGUUUUGUCAGUGAUAACAGCAAUCUCACGAAAGAAACUGGAUGACUGAUCACUUUAAGGCUGGGCUAGUGUUGCUGUUCUCCUUUUUCUCUUUAAGUGUCGUUUUUUUAGAGACUUCAUAGUCGUGGAUUUUAACGCCAAGUCCCACGUCUCCGGGAUUGCCUCUCAUCUCAUCGCGAGGUUCCCAAGAUGAGCUUCAAACCGCUGGUCGGCAAACUUUACGUGGUGGCAGCUCUCUUCAUCGUGCUGGUUUGUCAUGCAGACGAACUGCCAGCAUCUCAGUGGUCCGGCGAUGAAUACAGGAAUCACACGGUUCGACAACAGAGAGCCUGUGUUGAGAACGAACAGUACCUCCACCAGGGGCUCUGCUGCAUCAAUUGCCAGGCUGGAACAUUUGUGGAUAAACCCUGUGAAAGAGACCAAGAACAAGGGACGUGUCGUCCCUGUGAUCAUGGAAAGACCUACACAGAGCACCCCAAUGGGAUGGACCGCUGUCUGCAGUGCACCCCCUGUCGCUCAGAUGAGACUGAAACUGCGCCCUGCACCACAACGACCGACGCUAGGUGCCAGUGCAAACAGGGGACUUUCUGUGUGCCAGAUCAGGCCUGUGAGGUCUGCAAACGCUGUGCCAAGUGCAAACCAGGGGAGGAAGAGGUGAAGAAGUGCACCUCCAUUUCUAACACUGUGUGUCAAAAGCGGGACCCGUCCCCCACUGGGCCAUCUCCGGCCCUUCCCACGCCGACGCCGCCUUCUGCAUCAGACAUCUGGAAUCCUAUAUACAUCACCCUGGGUGCCAUCAUCAUCAUCAUCAUCAUCAUCCUUGCUGGACUGGCUGUGCGGUUCAAACGGCAGCUGUGUGAAAGACCAUGUCUAAAGAGCCACUGUGACUCCAGUGAAAUAGUGAAGAUUCCUAUUGAUGAGAGUGGAGCCACGGCAGAGGAGCGGCAGAACAAUCAGAACGCAGGCCUGGAGGGAGAGGAGGUCCGCCCCGAGUCCCGGCCCCUGCUGCAGGAGACCCAGACUGAGAUGACCAAGGCCUCCCCUGCCCGUGAAGACGAGGACCGAGGCCUAGGGGACAGUUUGCCCAACACCACUAACUCAUCUCAGACUAGCCUGUCAGCCCUGCCCACAGCGGCUUCCUCUGGUAACACCCCCCACCAGAGCCCCGCUGCCUUCAGGCUGCCGCCUGCAGACGUGGAUGAUCCUCUGAGACAUCGACUGGUGCCACUGCAAGGGUCAGAAAAAUCCCUGAAGAAGAGCUUUGAUUUGUUUGAUGAGUACCUGGACGUGCGGAUCCAUAACAAGUUCUUCAGACUGAUUGGAGUCAGUGACAACCACAUUCGGAUUGCAGAGAACGGCCCCACCGUUGACAAAGUGUAUGAACUGCUGAAGAACUGGAUGCAGAAGGAGGGACUAAAAGCAGACAUCAACGACCUGUUAAAAGCUUUGCUAAGUCUGGACCAGCUGCGCUCGGCUGAGAGCAUCGCCUCUGCAGCCCUGCAGAAGGGCUACUACAAGCACGCAGGCACUCCCUGAACGUAACAGGGUCUGCAAGUGAAGUAAAUAAAACGUACUUAAUGCAAGAAAACCUAAAAAGCACAUCGACACCGUCGGUGGACUUGGUGUCUCAUGAACAGGCUUUCCUCUUCGUGGCCGACUAGCCCUGUAUUCAGAAGCCAGUAGUUUUAAAACCACAACAAGGGGAAGCUGGAGUAUUGAUCAGCGUUCUGAGGAUGUUGACUGCAAAUGCUCAGUUGUUAGCAAAGCAUUUUGGUCAAAUUCAACAACAUUAUCACCAAAGACGACCAUGAAAAUGUUUUCAAAAUGCAUGAAGGUGUCAGCUUUCACAGGCUGAAAGGGCUGCAUGUUUUAGGCUGUAGUGAAGCAACGUGCAGCCAAAUACUGAAAGCUUAGACGUCUCAUGGCGUGUGUCACGCGUCUGGUCCUCUCCCCAGAUCAUCAUACACUACCUGGAGACAGAUAUACACUGGUUUGUAGGAGUGGCAUUAGCUGUGUCACUAAUACUGUGCCUCCUUGAUGCACUGGCCUCUGGCACAUGUAGGGUUUAAAACUACAAUUCUGAUAGAUUUGUUGUUUUGUAGAAACCAUAAGCAACAGUCCGUGAGCGUUUUCCUGAGUAGUGAUGGAGAAAUAUUGGCCUUUUGUUAUGACCAUGGUUAAUGUGCAGCCCUACUAAUCAUAAGCGUCACAUCUUCAAUGGCGUUUGAUCAUCUAAAUGUACUUAGGUAUCAUUUACAGUCGUCACAUUGUUUUAUGUUUUCAGUCUUUGUUCAGUGUUAAUUCUCUCACACACACACGACACACGGAAGGAAUUUCACAAGCUGUUUCUUUUGAAGCCGUUAAUAGCUCAGUAAAAUGUUUCCGUGACGUUUCUUUAUAACUUGGAAAGCUUCAAAGGUCAUUUUAUUUAUUGACAUAUUUAUUGUAAUGAAUAAUAAUUAUCUUAUUAUUUAUAGCAUCGCCAGAAGCAGCCCUGGGAAACAAGCACACACCCUCUUAGGGUUGUGACGAUGUUUAGCUGCAGGGCAAAUUGACUGACAUCAGAUCUAAGGUGUGGUUGAAACUCGUGGCUUUUUGUGAAAUGCUGUUCGCGCCUGCUGCAUCUUGUUCAGCGCCAACACUUCGAUCCACACUGUCAAUGUUACAUUUGGUCACAUGAUUUUAUUUAGACCACUUUCAGCACAGAGCUGAAGCUUUUUAGAUACUGAGUGUAGAAUGUGUCAUGUAAAGUUGGAGCUGAGGCGACGUGGGUCUUAGCACCUGAGGACUGACCUGUUGAGUCCAGCUGAUGUAGUGAGCCGACUGACCACGUGUCGGCGGUGACAUGAGAUGCAGGUACGGAGUGUUUUGUCUAGGUUAGACUCAGACAAGAUGAAGGAAACCUUUUCUGGAUUUUAAAAGGAGCACAAAGCUGUUUCCCUUUUCCCAUGUACAUAGAAAUGAAGCCACGUGUAAAUGCAGCUCUAUUAAUGAACCAAAAUGAUUGUAGUGAGGUAUGAAGUUACUCAAGACAACAAACAGAGCAGUUUCUAUUGAUGUUGGGACAUUUUCAACUAGACUUUGCCCAUUUUCCUGCAGUGUCUGGUGUAUAAAAUAAAGAGUAACAGAGUUCUAUUACUGCUCAUAGUGAUGCUACAGUGCUGGCACUGCCAUCUAAUGACACACGGUGAGAAUACAGCCUGCAUCUCUUUCUAGGGACCCUACUCUCUUUUUAACAUGUUCAUUUUAAAUUCCUCAUAGCUUUUCCAAAAGUAGCAUAACAGUGAAGAGGCUUGUGUGCAUGUUUUGUUUACUCUGUGCCAGUUCAAGAGUGUGUGUCCAGUUUUUUUAAUGUAGUUUCUGUGUUGUUUUACUUUCCAAGUCCUGAACUGUCCAAUUAACUGACUUGUGUAAAAACCUGUUCAGCAUUACCACUCAGCCCCUUAGCCAUGGAUCUCAGAUAUAAAUUAUGCAAAUACAAAGUUUCUAUGUCAAUUUCAAAUAAAUGUUUUGUACAGAUAUAAAUCCUUUUAAAUUA